GCGAGCCAAGCUGCUCGGAACGACAGUUGAACGAGAGUGUGUUUCGAGACCGGAUCACGACGAUGCCGUGAGCGCAGCACAACGCGUGUGCUACUCUCCACACGAUAGCUCGUGUCGUUGAUUUCGAUUCCCUCUUUUCACUCUCGCUCUUCCUCCCUCCCUCCCCACCUCACGCGAGCAUUCUCCGCAGCGUCGUUCGCGGAUUCGCGAUCGAUCAUCCUCGGCGAUUCCAAGCAGUGAGAGGGAGAGGAGGAGUAGAGAGGAAGGAAGAGCGCGCGUAUAGGAAAACGCGCGCAUACGCGACGCCGCGCCGCCGGCUCGUCGAGACUCGAAGGAUCCAGUCUCGAUCGGUCCACGGAUCCAACCGCGCCGUUCCGUUGCUCUACGUCUUUUAUCAAUCGUCCUACGUGCUAUCACUUUCUGUGUUUUCAAAAGAUACUUUCAAAGUGAAUGAAUUUUAUUUGCGUAUACCCGUUUACAAUUUUCUUUCCAAUCGUCGUCAUCGUAAUCAACGUCAUCGUCAUUUCCACGAUUUUAGAAAAGGAAUGGAUAUUAAAAAAGUGACGGGUGCAUCAUCGUCGUUGUCGUUGUCGUCGUUGUCGUCAUCGUCGUCGUCGUCGUCGUCGUCGUCGUUAUCAUUUAAAAAUCAUCGUCACCGUGAUCGACCUUCGAAAGGGUAGAACGAUUUCGAGUAGUACUUUAUUCUCGAGGACCAUCAGUGGUCGCAAGAACGACGCCCGGACGUGUAUCGCGUAUCCUUCAAUGGAGAGAAAGGGUGAGAGAGGGAGUGAGUGAUCGAAAAGAAGAAGGAGGGAACGAAUGAAUGGAUGGAUAGAUAGAUAGAUAGAUAGAUAGUUGGUGAUAGUAACUGAGAGUGUUCGAAAGAGAAAGAAAUAGAAAAAGAGAGAGAGAGAGAGAGAGAGAGUGAGAGAGAGAUAAAGAGAAAGGGAGAGAAAGAAACAGAAGCUGAAGGAGAGUCGUGCGUACUUAGAGAGGUGUGUAGAGUCAUUGUGUACAGGUGCUCUGUGUGUGCCUCGAAUCAGUGCUCUUUGGUAACAUCAUGAUCACGCGGCGCGAGUGCGAUCGAGUACUCUCGAGUGCUACCGAGUGCGUUUCGAGUGCGAGAUACUUCGGGAUUAUUGUAGAACCACGUGAACGGGCACGCGUACGAUCGCCAUUGACGUUGCUAGCAACAACGAGAACAACACGAAUGACGAUGACGACGACAACAAUAGGAACGACCACAUGCUUUCAAGAGUAGAACGAACUGUCAGAAUCAACGAACUUGUAGUGGUCAGACUUGAACUCCUACAUAAAUAUCCACAUACGUACAUACAUAUAUAUAUACAUAUAUAUAUAAAUAUGUAUAUAUGUAUAUAUGUAUAUGUAUAUGUAUACAUAUAUGCAUGUAUAUAGACAGCUGGCGAGGAAAAACGAAACGUAUUGAAGCGCUGGUAGGACGAUAGUCUGCCAACUUUACCGCGAACGGUGAACCCUCCGAUUGUAGUAUCGACUACAACGCGUUGUGCUCUGCCAGGGGCAAAUUAAUCCGACGUUACGUACACGUGGACAUCAACCAUCGAGAAGCAGCACCUACGUACGUACGCGUGAGUUCAGAUCGCAUUCAAACUACACCGGUAAUUACUGUGCGGUCUGCAGGACCGGUCGUUUCCGGUCGAUCGACGAGACAAGCCUAGGCUACCCUAACGACGAAUUCAUCAUUCUUCAGGAUUACGAACAGUGUAUCGCGAUACUCUUGUAUUUUCCCUUUUUCUUUUUUCUCUCUCUUUCUUUUUUUUCUUUUUUUUUCCUUCUUUACUUAUAUUCUCUAUCCUUUUUCCUUUUCUUUUACGUCGUCCUUUAAAGAAGUUCUUUAAAUAAACGACAGUGAAAAGUGGAAGAACGAAGAUCGUAUUCGUUUAAUCUCGCUAGAGGAUCUUCGAGUUUCUUCUUUUCGAGCUUGGAUCUCACGAAUUCUCUUGAAAGAUAAUCGGUAAAGGUGUGGAAAGAUUACGCGUAGUCGGAGCUCGAAAUCUGAGUGCCAUGGAGUGCCGCAAGGGUCGACGGAAAGGUCUGCUCGGUGGGCUGCUCCUUGCAUGGCUAUUAACCAGCGGUCGUACAGUCGUCGCACGAAAUAUAGAGAGGUACGACACCGCGUACGCCUGCGAGGGCAAAACGCUAUGGAUCGAGUGUGGCGAGGGAAAGCUGAUCCACCUGAUAAGAGCCAACUAUGGGAGGUUCUCGAUAACGAUAUGCAACGAACAUGGGAAUACCGACUGGAGUGUCAAUUGCAUGUCACCCAAAACUUUCCGUGUUCUCAACAACGAGUGUAACGACCAACAAAACUGCAGCAUCGUUGCAUCAACCUCGCAAUUCGGUGAUCCUUGUCCCAACACGCACAAAUAUCUCGAGGCACAUUAUCGUUGUGUCUCUGCGACUACAACAACGACGACAUCCCGACCGAGUCCUCCGUGGUUCAUAACUUCGCAACCGAGCGUUUGGAGCACGGCUAAGCCAACCGUGAGACCUCCCUCGAGGAUUACGACACCGGCGGUUCAACAGCCACCGCAACCACCACCGGCACCAUCUACACCAGCUUUGCCAAUAACCACUCCGCCAAGUCCAACCUCGACAAGGUCCUUCGACGAAAUGGAUAUUAUCAGAGAAGACCAAGAUUCUAUUCUUCCAGAGAAAGGUGUCGUAGCGAACGGAGCAGCGAUUCCUCCUAUCGCGCCUGAAACAAUGCAGCCAACAACUACAUCGACAUUUGCUCCAUGGAGAACAAGUCGAAGACCAACCGUACCCAGCACUUAUUAUCCAGAGUCCAGUUCGAACGGGCAAUGGUACGAUUACGGACGACAAGCCUGUCCACCAGUAAUAGCACGAAAUCUUUCAUGGAAUGCGACUCGAGCUGGAGACGUUGCCGUCCAAAGUUGUCCAGGUGGUGCCAAUGGACUUGCUCGUUGGAGAUGUCUUGCCAAAGGUGAUUCCGCAGUCUGGCAUCGAGAAACUCCAGACUUGAGCGAGUGUCGUUCUGUUUGGUUAACGUCCUUGGAAAAUAGAGUAACUGAUGGUGACGUCAUUUUGGGGAUCAGUCGAGAACUUUCACAAGUAACGAACAAUAGCCGUGGUCUUUAUGGUGGUGACAUGAUGAUCACAACCAAGAUCAUAAAAAAUAUGGCCGAAAAGAUGGCACAAGAUAUUAGGACCUAUCAGGAUCCCAAUCAAAGGGAAGUCAGCGUUACGGAACUCUUGCAAGGUGUUGUAAGAACAGGCAGUAAUCUUUUGAACGAAGCACAGAUGGCUUCUUGGAAGGAUCUCAGUCAUCAGGAACAAAUGAGAGUAGCGACCUCUUUGUUAAUAGGUCUCGAAGAAAAUGCAUUUCUAUUGGCUGAUACUUUGACCCAAGAGAAAACGAUCACUCAUGAUUGUAGGAAUAUACUAAUGGAAGUUCGCGUUUUGGAUACACGCAAUAUCGGUAAUGAUCUCGAGGUCUUUCCAAAUAAUAUCUUGGAGGGAAGAUGGACAGCAUCCACGGCACACGUCGAACUAACCAGAGGUGCUCUUUUGGAAAACAGCGAAGCUGGGAUCGUUCGACUAGUCUUCAUGGCCUUCAAUAGACUCGAAGAAAUUCUUCAACCGCAAGCUGAAUUGCCGUCCGUCGUUACAAACGAUGACUCGCAAUCGUUGCCGAAAAGAAACACGACUAGGUUAUUGAACAGUAAGAUUAUUUCUGCUUCAUUAGGAAAAGGUCGACAUAUACAGUUAUCGGAACCAGUAAGAAUAUACUUCAGGCAUUUGACAUUGGAAAACGUCACCAAUCCUACUUGCGUCUUUUGGGAUUAUAUUUUGAGUGGUUGGUCAGAAGAAGGCUGUCAAAUAAGAAAGAGUAACGACACGCACACAGUAUGCGAGUGCAAUCACUUAACAAAUUUCGCCGUUCUAAUGGACGUUCAUGCAGUUAGACUUGACAUCGCUCAUCAAGUCGCUUUACAAAUCAUCACAUAUAUAGGCUGCAUCAUAUCUGUCGUUUGUCUGGUGUUAGCGAUACUUACCUUUCAAUUGUUUCGUGGACUCAAGUCGGACAGAACGACAAUACACAAGAACCUGUGCGUCUGCCUGUUAAUAGCUGAAGUUUUGUUUGUUUGUGGUAUCGGACAAACGAAUCAAAGGAUCGUCUGUGGUAUUGUUGCUGGUUUAUUACACUUUUUUUUCCUAUGUGCAUUCGCCUGGAUGUUCCUCGAAGGAUUUCAAUUGUAUGUUAUGCUGAUCGAAGUUUUCGAAGCGGAAAAGUCUAGACUACGAUGGUAUUAUCUUGUUGCUUAUGGGGCACCGUUACUAGUAGUUGCGAUAUCCUGUAUAAUCGAUCCAUUCAGUUACGGCACCGAUCGAUACUGUUGGCUUCGAGCGGACAACUACUUCAUCUUCAGCUUUGUGGGGCCCGUGAUACUCGUAAUCUUGGCGAAUCUCGUAUUCCUGUCGAUGGCGAUAUACAUGAUGUGCCGACACGCAAAUACGACGGUAGCCAUGAAGAGUAAAGAACAUUCUCGUCUAGCUAGCGCAAGUGGAAAGGAAGAGAAUGCUCUUCCCAACAAAUUGCAAGCGCACUUAGCUUGGUUACGUGGCGCCAUCGUCCUAGUAUUUCUACUAGGAUUAACCUGGACUUUUGGACUCCUUUAUUUGAAUCAAGAAUCAGUGGUAAUGGCAUACAUCUUUACUGUACUCAACAGCCUUCAGGGUCUUUUCAUCUUUGUAUUCCACUGCGUUCAAAACGAAAAGGUAAGAAAGGAGUAUAGAAAGUUCAUCCGACGUCACUCGUGGCUACCAAAGUGCUUGAGAUGUUCGAAGACAGUGACGGGAAGUUCCGGGUCAUCCGGUACGAGCGGUGGUGGAGUUGGUCCUGGUGGAAACGGUGGAAAGGAAUUUGCCUCGCACAACACAUCCUCAAAUCCUUCGGCUCCAACAACGGACAGCUCAGGACUAUCGCCUCAUGCCGCCUCUAACUACUUGGUAUCCGGUCGAAGCUGGGCGAUAGUCGAUAGGCAGCCGGCAGUCGCUGUGCCAAGUGAAUCCUCUGGCACAGAGGCUCACAUCGUGGCCACUCUGCCGUACGCCCGUCACGCAUUCUUACCCUCAGCUCCUAAUAUCCCCAAAUCUGCCACCGCCACUUGGGGCCACCUUAACAAAAACCUCAUGUGGAAGAACAUUUCUUUUAAAUCGUACUCCCGGGACUCUGGACACGGUGGAUCAGAACAAGAAGAUUCACCGAGGACACAUAACACUUCAACUUUGGGCCAUUCAGGUCGCAAUCGAGAUCGAGAUAGAAACCGCAUCAUCGGCUCGAACGAUGGUAGCGAGACGAUGAGCGGUGGAAGGGCAGCAACGACAACGGCAACUACUUCGGUGGGAACUGGACGACGAGCUGCCAUGCCAUAUAAUCAUACUUACACAGAAAUCGUCGAUGGUAGAAACGGUGGAAAUGGUAUGCAUCAUCAGAUGCAUGCUCAUCACGGUCAGCAUGUACAUCUUCCAACGCAUCGCGGAGUUGGCAGCGUUGGUGGUUUAACGAACGAAGAUGAUCCUGUUUACGAGGAAAUCGAACGAGGUGGCGCCGGUGGAGCUGUCGGAGAGAUCCAAGUGUCAGACAUGUCUGACGAGGAUGGUCGACGACAAAGCGACAUGAGUAGACAAUCUUCGAGAAGCUACGGUGAUCAUAGGCCAUUGAUUCCAUAUUCACCUGCUAACGAUCGUAACCUGCUCCAUUACGGGCAAACGAUGAGCGAUCGUGUUGGGAACACUCACUACGAUCCAACGGAAUAUGGUCCAACCGUUGAAAGGACCUUAAAUGCCUGCUGGGAGAAACUACGAAGGCAACAAGCGAGGUACGAGCUCGGUGAACUGCCACGACUCCCUGCAGGUUAUGGACUACCACCUCAACAGGAUCAUACGAGAACCGUCGCUGUUCUCGACGGCCAUACCGUCGUCUGCCAUCUUCAACCCCAAACGGACAUGUAUACAGGACGAGGAAUGCCACCGCCUUCCUACAGCGAGUGUUAGGUCAAGGCUGGAUCGUCUCGUCCUCCAUCUCGUCCAACAUCCCCACGUUUUGGGGUAGGACUCUGUUCCUCUCGUAGGACUCGCCCUUCGACUCCGAUCUCUCUCUGAUUCCACUGUAGCUCAGCAUAACGUCUCUCUCUCUUUCUUUUCCUCUCUUUCUCUCUCUCUCUCUCUCUCUCUCUCACACACUCUCUUAUUUUCACUCUCAUUCUCUCUUGGAUUUGUCAGAAAGAGAUUUUACUCUUAACAAGAAGACUUUUCUUUCCUAUGAAUGAAAGCAGUUGAACGGGGAGAGAGACGAACAAAGGCUAAGAUUUCGGAGAAGAAUCGUGAAAAUGAGAAACGGACGAUGACGGUCCUUCCAAGAAGAGAAACACAAAAAACACGAAAGGCUAGAAUGAUAUUACUUCGCUUUUUAGCGUGUUAUAAAGCCACACGAGUCGAUUGGCGAACCUACGCGAUGGUUCGUGUACAACUAAACUUAACGAUCGACAUUCUGCGCCGAAAGAUUCCUUCCUUGCUCUACGAGUACUAAUCACGGUGUGUGUGAUCCUUGCGAAAAGAAAAAAAGAAAAAAAAAGAGUAAUAAAUAUUGUGUAGAGAGCGAGACGAUCGCGUCGGCGAUACGUUAUUUUUCUUUUUUUUCUUUUGUAUAAUAGACAUAUCGCGACACGUACUCCUCGUCCACGAACUGGAAAUUUUUUAAGUCAUUGUUUUAGGUCACCUUGUUCUUUCUUUUCUUUCGUCCUUUUGUGUAUAAUAUAGACUCUCGUUGAACGGAUAGCUUAGGAUAGCGACAUAUCGGAAAUUUUAGAAGGUGUGGCAUGUGAUUGUAACAAUCGCUUUUGAAAAUCGCGUUACGAAGGAGAGCAACUGCCUGUGAGAGAGAGAAAGAAAGAAAGAAAGAAAGAGAAAUAGAAUGAGAGAAAGAAAGAGAGAGAGAGAAAGAGAGAGAGAGAGAGAGAGAGUUUUAGGGGGGUUUUGGGCGGGAAGAGAGGCAGAGCGAAUUCUCGAUCGCGACGCGCCUAAGUUUCCUCGUAGAAAUAAUCGAGCGCGCAUUUCUAUUAUCAUUUUCUUUGACCUUCCACGUACUUUUUCAAUACAAGUACGUCGGCACAUUUUGAGUUGAAGAAAAGAUACCGAGAAUUCAAUUUUAUUCUCUGAAAAGAGAAAAACGAUAUACCUUUACGAAUGUUUACGCAAUGAGAAAGCAAAUGAAAUUUCUUAAUAAUAAUAUUAUCAAUUCGAAAUGAAGAAGAAAUCGUAAUUGUACUACAGUCGUAAGUACCUUUGUCGGUCACCCAACCAUAACUCCUCAUUGUACAUUGCUUUUGAAAUGUUACGUUUUAGUCCCAGAAUGUUAUUUUUAUAAAUAAAAAAAAGUAUAUAUAUAUAUAUAUAUAUAUAUAUAUAUAUAUAUAUAUAUAUAUGUGUGUAUGUAUACAAUAACACGAUGUUCUUGAAUGAAAUGGAAGGAAGACAGGGGAUUGAUGUGUGCGAGUAUAUAUAUAAAUAUACAUAUAUAUACACGUGCGAGUAUGUGUAUACGUGUGUGUGUGUGUGUGUGUGUGUAUGUAUGUAAGAAAGAGAGAUAGAGUGUGUGUGUGUUUGUGUGUGUGUGUCUACAUGUAUGCAUGUGUAUAUUUGCAUUUGCGUAUGAUCGAACACAGGGGGCAGGUAGUGCGCGUAUGUAGGCGAUAUAAAAGCGAUUUUCCAAGCGAAGCGGAGAAUUCGCGAAUGAAACUUAGUCACUGUUUUUUACUAUUUUUUAAAGGAAACGUAAGUGUCGUAAAAACGUAAUAAUACGUGUAAAACUAAGGGACGAUGCCGAUCGCGAGCGCGCGUGCACGCGUUCGCUAUUUAUUUUUUAUCAUCGCUCGUAAAGGCGUUUCUCGGUUAAAAUACGCGCGACACAGCCGACGCAGGAUCGUCGACCGACGAUCGGAAGGUCCUAACUCUUUUUCGUGAAAUAAGCAAGCAGGUCUCGUCGAGUUCCUCUUUCCUUCCUAUCGUCGAGUCGCGACGACAAACUUCUCCCGCCAUUUUUCGCGAUCCACGCGAAAGAGAGCGUCUAUAUAAAGAUGAUAUUCGCGAGACGAGUAUCGAACGAACGCGAACUAUAUAUUAAUGGAUGAUGAUGAUGAUAAUAAUAAUAAUGAAUAUGUCUGAUAUCGAUCGAUGCUCGCCUCGGAAAUAACACGGAUAGCAUCGCCGUCGCCGUGGCUUUAUAUUUAUUUCUCGCUCGAUCGACCGUUCGACUGUUCGUCAAGAAAACAGAAAAAGAAAAAGAAAACGUAAAAAAAAAAAGAGAAAAAAAAGAAGAGAAGAGAACGCGUUUAGAUGAAAAUCGGCGUUAAAAGCGAUUAGUCGCGUUUAAAGGUACCACAGCUGUCUAUUAAAAUGCAAGAAAAGUAAAAUGUACGAGUGAGAUCUCGUGUGUAUGCGUGCGUCUGUCUGUCUGUCUGUUUGUCUGUCUGUCUGUCUGUCUGUCUGUCUGUACGUCUGUCUGUGCGUAAGCAAUGUAUGCGUGAGAGAGAAACGAUGAAUAUAUGCGUGCGUACGUUUCUAUCCCUUUUAAUAUUUCAAAUGUUCGUUUUGGCGGUAUAUGAAGAAGAAAAAAAAAUCUUAGCAAUCGAUCGAUUCGUCUUGUCUUUUAUAUUGUACUACAAUUCGACGGCAUCGAUAUAGCAAUAAUCGUUGCUGCCUCACGAUACGGAUAAUGAUGGAUUAUUAAAGGGAAGCCAUUGUCGAUUUAUGCGAAUCGCAGCAUUUUUAUAGUGAUUAAGGGCCCCUACCCAUUCCUCGCGUAGUCCUUGUAUCCUUUUUUUUUUGAAUUUCGAACGAAAUUACCAAUAGAUUCUUCGAUGUUAAUGGUCCAUAGACGUAACUAUCUUUUCACGUCGAACGUUCUCUCUUCUUUUUUGCUCUCUUUCUUUGAAAAUUCUGAAGACUUCGUUCCUCUCGUAAAGAAAAAAAAAAAAAAAAAAAAAAAAAAAAAAAGAAACAAA